AUGUUAGAUGAUGUGUGGGAACCGAUUAGUUUUGAAGAAAUAGGGAUUCCUUCUGGUGAGAAUCACAAUAAUUGCAAAGUUCUUUUGACCUCACGCAAUGUAAGUGUGUGUAAUUCAAUGGGAUGUCCAAGGCCAAUUCAACUGGGACUUUUGUCAGAUCAAGAUGCGUGGAUCCUAUUCAGAAAGCAUGCUGGUGUAGAUGAUGUUUUGCCCAAAAAUUUUCAGGACAAAGGGCAGGAAAUUACAAAUGAAUGUAAAAAUUUACCAGUUGCCAUAGCAGCCAUAGCCAGCACUUUGAAUGAUAGACCCCUUGAAGAAUGGGAUGCAGCUUUGACAGCCUUGAGAAAUCCUAUGCCCAUGCUCGAUGUUGAUGAAAAUUUGAGAAAUAUUUAUAAAAGUUUAAGGUAUAGCUAUGAAAAUAUGAAGAGUGAAAUAGCCAAAAGAUUCUUUCUUUUACUGUCUGUAUUCCCAGCAGAUACAGAAGUACCUAUAGAACUUCUAACUAUAUUUGGCAUAGGGGCAGGUUUUUUUGGGGAAGUUGACAAAUACUCUGAAGCCAGAAGCCAAGUACUUUCAGUAAAAAAUAAACUCAUAAAUUCUUGUUUAUGGUUGGAUGCUGAGGACAAUCGUGUGAAGUUGCAUGACUUGAUUCGUGACGUGGCCCUAUUGAUAGCUAAUGGAGACAUUCAAUUCAUUUCGCUAUCUGAGAAAAAACGGAAGGCAUUAGCCAAUAAAGAGAUGAGAAUUCAAUAUUUGUGUUGUGAGGACUUGCAGGUUGGUGACAUGGAAAGCUUUCCUAGUUGGUUUGAUGGUUCCAAACUUGAGUUUCUAUUGAUAUCCAUGGAAGCAAGCGAUCCUGUAGAAGUCCCAAAUACGUUCUUUGAAAAAAUGACAAGGCUUGGAGUUUUGUAUUUAUCACAUAAUGAUACGUCAAAGCUUCCUCUGACGCUGUCAAUUUCGGACAAGUCAUUGUCAAAUAUUCGAACUCUUGUGCUGGGUGAUUGGGAAUUAGGUGACAUCUCUUUCUUGGUAAUCCUGCCAAGCCUUGAGAUUCUUUCUUUGUGUAGGUGUUCAAUACGGAAGUUGCCAAUUGCAAUUACAAAAUUGGAGAAACUGAGACUGUUGGAGAUGGUAUACUGUGAAAUUGAAAGGGAGAACCCAUUUGAAGUGAUUGAAAAGUGCUUACAACUGGAAGAACUGUAUUUCGUUGACAAUGAAUUUCCCAUCCUUGACACUACAGAUGAAGUUGAAGCAAUUCAUCAUCAAAAUACAUUUCUUACAUUGAAUAGGUAUUGUUUACAAAAGAAUGGGGAAGUGCGUGAUUCAAUAUCAAAAGCUGUCUGUCCUCCAAAUAUUGAAGCUUUGGUCUCUGAAGCAACAUUUAAGCAUCUAGUGCAAGGAGCAGAGAUUCUUCAACUGGGAAGAAUUGAGAGGGAGUGGAGAAAUCUCAUUCCUGAGAUUGUUCCAAUGGAAGGUAAUGGCAUGAAUGAUUUAAUUGAGCUCAGUUUGGGAUCUUGUUCCAAGGUACAAUGCCUUGUCAACACUAAGCAUCAUUAUUCUGCUGCACCAAAUGUCUUCUCCAAGUUGGUUGCACUAGAUCUUGUAAAUAUGGAUAGUUUGGAAGAACUGUGCAUUGGUCCCAACUAG